AUGGUAACGCUAUUCCCGACAGACAAUUGCUGGGCUGCACCCCGGUCUGCCGAUGUUCGCCUUCCUAUUCCAGAUCCGGUUGGUUUGGGCCUGACGAAGGCUUGGGGUCUACACCCGCAAAAGACAAUUUGGCACGGGCAAUGGUUACUGGGCGCGGCUGUAUCCACCGCUUUGACUACAUGCGUCCGCAUUCCGGACCAGGUGGAGGAACGCACCCCCUGCCUCACCUACAAUGUGUUUUAA